GGAGUGUGUCGGUCUUCCUGUGGAAUGCCCCCUCCCUGGAUGUGUAGUCCGUCACCUUCAUAUCCUGUCAUUGUAUGUCCGCAGUCUCUGGUCAUCUCCUGUACUGUAUCCGCAGUCUCUGGUCAUCUCCUGUACUGUGUCCGCAGUCUCUGGUCAUCUCCUGUACUGUGUCCGCAGUCUCUGGUCAUCUCCUGUACUAUGUCCGCAGUCUCUGGUCAUCUCCUGUACUGUGUCCGCAGUCUCUGGUCAUCUCCUGUAGUAUGUCCACAGUCUCUGGUCAUCUCCUGUACUAUGUCCGCAGUCACUGGUCAUCUCCUGUACUAUGUCCACAGUCUCUGGUCAUCUCCUGUACUGUGUCCGCAGUCUCUGGUCAUCUCCUGUAGUAUGUCCACAGUCUCUGGUCAUCUCCUGUACUAUAUCCUCAGUCUCUGGUCAUCUCCUGUACUAUGUCCGCAGUCUCUGGUCAUCUCCUGUACUGUGUCCGCAGUCUCUGGUCAUCUCCUGUAGUAUGUCCGCAGUC